UUUGUGUGUUCUUGAGUUGGCGUUGUCGUUGGCUGCUGUUUUGUUGUUGUGGUGGUCUCGGUCUCGGUCUCUGUUUUCUGUUUCGGUUUCGGUUUCGUUUGUCUGCUGCUGGUUUGAUUUUUGUGCGCUCCGCAGCGCCGUCGUCGCUCUGCAGCUGCGUUCGUGCGCUUUUUGAAAAUAGUUACAAGAUGUUCAUCGAAGUGAGUAGAACGCCGGAGCGGUAAAUUGGACAAUGACCAAACAAAAUAUAAAGCAGACGUCGUUUUUGUUCAAGACCUCGCACUGUUGAACUGUAACUUUAACAUAAACUGUAACUGCAACUGAAUUUCAAAUGCAAUUUACAAUUUUCAAUUUCAAACAGCAACUGAAACAAAACAAACAAAAUUUAAAAAACAAAGUGUGAACAGAAAAGCCACAUGUGUGUUUAAAAAUCGGAUAUGCCAAGUGCAAGUUCCAACAACAUAUAAUACGAUCCGAAUACGAUCCAGUGGCGUGAGUUUCUUAAGAUCCAAUCAUCACAGCUUUAAAGUCCAUGUCCAAGUGAAGUGCAAUCCAUGCGGAGUUGCUGUUGUUAUUUUUAAAUCGCUGACCGCAGAAAAUUUAACGCUAAAAAUAAAACGGACCAAAACAAAACACAACAGCAACAACAACAACAACAACAUACUGCAUACAAAAUAAAAAUAAAAAAUAAUAACGAAACAAGCGUCGAGUUUUUCCUUUUGGGCGCUCUAUAAAAAUACCCACAAAUGCAAAGGGUAAAAACUCGAAAGUGACAAACAACAACAACUGCAACCACACCAGCAGCAGCAACAACUACAACAGCUACAACAACAACAUUAAAUUGGAAACUAAAAAAAAAGUGCGUGCAGCGGCAUUUUCCACAUCUGAUAUGUUCAAGGCCAAUGAAUGCCGCAGUUUAUCUUUUGGUAAACAUUAGUUAAGAACUAAUCCAAGCAAUCCCCAGGCGGAUUGAGAGCACACACACACACACACACACAUACACACAGGAGUGUGGCAACAUGGACUUGCCCUCGAUGGUGCAACGUUCUGGAGAUACGUUGAUAGUGCGCAGCGUUGUCAGCGGCAAUCAACUCUACAUGGAGCAGGGACACAAUGUCAACAGCAACAGCGGUAACAACAAAAACAACAACAACAACAGCAGCAUGCACAGCAACAACACAUCGCCGGCGCUGAGCAAUGUUGCAUCCACAUCGCCAACAGUGACAACAAGCGCAUUGGAACAGCAAUUGGAGCGUUUUCGCUUGCAACAGUUGUUGCAACAGCAGCAACAACAGGCGGUAGUGGCAGCUGCUGCUGUGGUAAACAGCGUGCAACAACAACAGCAACAACAGCAACAGCCACAUGUGGUGCUCUCACUUGAUGCCAAGGAGGAGGGCUUGCCACAGUGCAAGAUCAAGCGUAAUUAUAGUUGCAACCACUGUGCUUACUUCACACAGAAUCCACGCUACCAUUUGACGCAUCUACGAGAUGUGCACGGCGAGAAGAUUGUGAUCAACAAGUGCAAGCUGUGUCUUUAUGCCUCCCGCCACUUUCAGAAGCUGGUGCGCCACAUGAAGAUGGUGCACGGUUGCACCGACGGCAUUCCCAGCGGUCACGGGCAGGCGCGUGGCAAGCGUGGCAUGAGUCGUGAGGCACGGAAGCGGCGACUGGAGGAGAGUGUUGGUGUCAUCGGUGGACAAUCGUUGGCGCAUUCUGUGCCAGAUAUGCCAACGUUGGAGCAGGUCAAACGUGAGUUGCAGUUGCAGGAGCAGAAGCUGCAACGCGACAUCGAAGCCUACAAGCAGCGGCAACGCGAAGAGUUGCAACAACGGGAGCAACAACGGGAGCAACAGCUCGAACUCGUCUCCAACUACGAAAGACAAUUCCAAGCGACGUUGCGGGAUCUCGACGCACGGGAGUCCUACGAACGCCAAUCGUCGCCAGCGGAGCCACCGACACCGUCGCCAAGUGGUUCGGCCACGCCACCACCGGCCCUAUCAUCGGGUGGAGAGGAGCCACAGAACCGUCUGCUCAAGUGCAGCGCCUGCGAGUUCACCACCCUCUAUCGCACCCAAUUGCGUUCCCACGAGCUCGCCGAGCACGGCAAGACCAAGUUCUUCCGCUGCGACAAGUGCAGCUAUGUGACCCACAUCAAGGCCAGAUUCAGCAAGCAUGUCAAGUAUCAUUCAAUGCCCAUGAUCAAGUGCGUCACUUGCGAUUUUCGCACACCCUACAAAUGGAAUCUGGACAGGCAUAUGAAGAAUCAUGGAGGAGCUGGCGCUUUCAAGUGUGCCGCUUGUGAUUUCACCGCUGACAUUAAGCAAUCGCUGACCGUCCACGAGAUGAAUCAUCAUGUGCCACCAGUGGGUAAUGCCGGCUCCAUUUGGCCAAGAAGACAGAACAAAGUUGGAGCUAGCGAGAUGUGCGAUGAUUUUCUCAGUGAUUCAGCUGAACUGGAGGAUCAAUAUAACAACAACAAUUUGGACGAUGAUCUGGAGGAUGGCGAUGGUGGUGCAUUGAGCGGUGAGGAGCAUUAUGGCAAACGGAGCAAAUACGAGGAGGAUGAAGAGCCAACAGAUCUUUCGCAGAAGGGCGGUUGCUCCUCAGACACAUCCAGUGUGGGCACCGCCACACCGCGGGCCAAGCGACCAAUGCCCAAUCUUAUUCCCAUCAGCAAAAGUCCCAAGGACGUGCUGAACCUGUCCAAGGACACAAAUGCCUCUCGCAGCUCGCUGACAGAGAUAGCCUCCAUGUUCUUCAAUGAGAAACAAAUCUCCGAGAUGCUGGACAAGUCGGAUGUGCCACAAUUGUCACCUGCGACGACGAUCACCUCGCAGGCAUCGUCGCGCAGUCUGUUGGCCAAGAAGGGAGGCUCCUUCUUCGACAAGCUAAAGACGGGAGCACAGCAUGAUAAUCUGAUCUGUCAGUGUGGACAUGUGGCCAAGUAUCUAUCCGAAUCGAUAAUACACGGCAAGAGUUGUCAGUCCUCAGCUGUUGUGAUUGAGGAUGACGAUGCAGCGUUGCAUGAGGAUGAUGCGGAUGAUCGUUUGGAGAUCGACGAAGACGAUGAGGAUCGUCAAUCGCAUUCGGCAUUGAACUUGAGUGUUUCUGGAUCGACACGCUGUCAACACUGUCGACAUCGCUGCAAAUCCUCCACCGAUCUGUUGCAUCAUCUGGCCCAAUGUGCGGAGGCCAUAAGAUGUGCCAACGAGAUGUAUGACUCGAAUUCCGGAGAAAGCGGUGAGCGUCGAUCCGAUGCGCAUUCGUUGCAACAACAGGCGGCGGUGCAACAGCAACGUGUCUGCAUUUGGAACAAGGCGGCUAAGGAAAUUGCAGCCGCUGUGGUGCAUCAGGAUAAAACAAAUCUGUUGACCAAAUCACCAGGCAGUCAGGCUGUCAGCAAUGAGGAGAAUAGCUACUAUGGCGUGGAGACAGCACCCGGCUACGGUGAGGUAACCAAAAAGAUGACGCCCGAGGAGGAGGCAGCCAAUUCUUCGCUGAAGAAGGUCUACAAGUGUCCACAUUGCAGUUUCUGGGCCUCAACAGCAUCCCGCUUUCAUGUCCACAUCGUGGGACAUUUAAAUAAGAAGCCUUUUGAGUGCUCUCUCUGCUCAUAUCGUUCCAAUUGGCGUUGGGAUAUUACCAAGCAUAUCCGGCUAAAGACCAUCCGAGAUCCCUCGCACAAGACGGCCAAGGUCCUGAUGAACGAUGAGACCGGCAGGCGUAAUUAUACCAAGUACAACAAGUACAUCACCCUGAUGAAAGUCACUGAAGAGGAUGGCGAUCCCAAGCUCAUGAAAUCGGGUGAAAUGACACCCAAUCAGGUGGCAUCGUUGGCCUUCCUGAAGGACUACCAGAAGGUCGGUGUUGGCGCUGGCCAUGACAUCACCCUAGAGCCCAUAUCACCCAACAAAUCCACCAGCUUGGACGAAACACAACUGGCGGAUAAUCUGAUUAGAUUGCCAUUACUGGCAACCAUGAUGAAUGCAGCAAUGGCCAAGCAACAGCAUCAGCAACAUCAGCAGCUGGAGCAACAGCAACAGGAACAGCAUCAUUCAACGAUGAUUACACCAUCAGUGACCAUAUCUCCUGUGAAAAGGACACAUCAAGCGCCGCCUGGCAAACCCAGCGAUGAUCUCAUCACUGAAGUGCAUCAGGAGGGCAGCGAGAAGAAGACCUUCUACAGAUGCCGCAAGUGCAAUUUCAGACAUCACAAUCGGGAUGCAGUGCUGGCCCAUGUGAAGAUCCACUAUCAGGAGUCGUGCUUCCCGAAGGGUUCAUCGUCUGGCAGCAGCACAUCACCAUUGCAGGUGUCGGUUAGUUCGAAUCAACAGCUCUAUAUGAACAAAGUAUUUGCCGCGAUGUGCCUAUCGCAACCAUCUCCGACGUCGGGAACUAACAACAACAACAGCAAUUGUGGCAAUGGCCAGCAGCAACAUUCCCUUAUACCAGCUGGCCUGUUGCAGCGUGCCAUUCAAGAGGCACAACACUCACCCACACCCAAUGCUAGUGCUUUGAGUGGUCUCGCCUUGGCGUUGGCAGGUGGCAAGUGUCCAUCAACGGUAACAGUUGGUGGAGGAAGCUCGACAGCAACGCCUAAAGCAAAUGCCGCCUCCAUAUUAGAGCACGGUGAGCAGAAAGCGAGUCAAAAUGAGGCAAGUGCCGACAGUCUGACGUCGCCCACAAUCACCACAGCAGCAAGCACGGCAAGAUCAUUACAAGAUCUGCUAACAUCACCACGAACACGGCAUGGUCAACAUUAUGGUGAUGGAACAACAACAACAACAGCAACAACAACAACUAAUUCUAAUGCUAAUACAAAUGUGGUUAUGGGUACCGGAUACAGGCACGAUGCUACUGGCAAUAAUAGGAAGAAUCUAUCAUCAAGUGGCGGCUACGUAGCAUCAUCAAAUAAACCACCUACCAACAACAACACCACAACCACCACCACCACCAAUACAUCGCCUAUGCCAGUAACUACCACUCCUACUCCUAUUUCUACUUUUCCAACUGGUGCUAAUAACAAUAACAGUAACAGCACAUCCAACAACCUCACCGACACUCAUUCCCAUAAUCAAAUCAUCGCCGGUGAUGGUAUCUAUUUGGCAACGGGUUUACAUUCUACUAAUCUCAAAACAACGCCAGCCUCGUCUUUCUCAUCAUCUUCGUCGUCGUCGGCAUCGACAAUGGCUUCGGCUUCGGCAUCGACAUCGACAUCGACAUCGGCUUCGGCAUCGUCAUCAUCCGCAUCGCUGGCAUCUGCCGCAUCCUCGCCGCACUCGUCGCCGCCAUCGUCAUCGUCGUAUUUGCCACAAACGAUGACCGGCGUCCAGCAAACGACACGUUUCCAUACCCAUAGUCCAGGUAGUCCCAGUCUAUUAACGAUGAACGAUACAGAUCGACGUGAUCCGUCGCCAUAUCGUUGUGGCCACUGCCAUCAGGUGUCAAAUUGGAAGCAUGUGAUCCAGCGGCAUUGUCGCUUAAAGCAUUCCGGGGAUAUUCGGAUCGAGACCCUUGAGCGAAGUUGCAACAACAACAACAGCGCUGCCACGCCCAUUUACCGUCCACAGGGCGCUGCCGCCAGCAAUGAGUCCCAAGCCCAACACCUAAGCAACAACAACAACAGCAUCUAUAACAACAACAACAACAACAACAAUAAAUUGAGCAACAACAAUAAUAAUAGCAAUUUGUUGAGCAGCAAACAAUUGGAGCAACUGUUGCAUUCACCGCUCUCCGCCAGCGCCGCCGCUGUGGUGAAUGCGGCAAGUACGCCGCAGGAUCUGCAAGCGGCCGCUGCCUAUUGGGCCGCUGCCUGUAAAGCCGUUAACGCUGUGGCAAGUGGCAGUGCCGAGGAGUUGUUGCAACUGCAACAGAAUGAUCAAAUCGAGAUCACACGUUUACCGGCUGCUGCUGCAGCAACAACAACUUCAUCCAACACGGCACAGGAUUUGCCCAACAGCAACAACAGCAACAACAACAAUACGAAGAGCAAGCAACAAAAGUGUCCCGUUUGUCCAUAUAUAUCGGAGAGUAAAUCCCAGAUGAAUUACCAUGUCUCGUUGCACAAACCCACACAAUACGAGUGUCCACUCUGCACCUUUGUCUGUGCCAAGAAGCAACAUUUGAGCAGCCACAUGAGAAGUGUCCACCAACAACAACAAUUGAGUUCGGCAGGAGCUGGAACUGGAGCAGGAACUGGAGCAAGUGGCCCCAACUCGCAACUGGGCUUGGAUUUCAGUGUGGCCCUUCAGCUGGCGGCAGCCAAGCAAAUCCAACAAUUGCCGCCGUCGGCUCCUCUGGCCAUCGAUUUGAGUCAACUGCAGCUGGAGGAGAGCUCCUCGGCGCAGUUGCAGGCACAGCAGCAGCUGCCACCUGAAUAUCAAUACAAAUUGAUCAGUUACUGUCCACGUUGUCCGGCACGUUUCGCCCAGAAGCAUAAUGAUGAGCGGAAUGCCAAGCUGGAACUGGAGCAACAUCUGGCGGAACAUGCGCCCAGCGAGCUGGAGUCGGAUGAGGUGCACAUUUGUGCCUACUGCGAGUAUCGUGCUGGUGCAGAAACUCUGCUCCAACUGCAUCGAGCGGUGCACAUGUCGCACUACCAGGAGAAGUGCCAACAAUUGUAUCGAAACUGCAAGGAGGAUAUCAUGUAUCCGGCGCCUAAAUUGCUACAAAUUGCCGGACCCGAAACCAUUUGGGUUGUGGACAAUGAAUUGGGCGCUCAACUGCUGCGACAGACGACCGUCAACUCCUCCACGAAUCUUGGUGGCAACUAUGAUGGCCAGAACUCUUUACUUAAAAAACAACUGGAGUCGGGUAAUGGCGGUGGUGGGGCAAUUGUGCGGGAACAGACGCCUCCGAAGGCGCAGGAAGCCGAAGAGGAUGAGGAACGUCAGAGUAGUACCACACCAUCGACAAGUGCUUCAGUGGCAACCAGUGAUUUGGCUGCCGAUGGCAGCAGCGAUGAUGCUGGUUCCGUGGAUAUGCCACAGUCGGCGCCAGCGCCACAACGUUGCCAGCAUUGUCCCUACGAGACGGAGCAACAUGAGCAACUGCAGCAGCAUUUACAGAAGCAUGCUUGCCUUAAUCCGCCAGCCGAGCAGGCACAGCAGUGUGCCCACUGUGACUAUUAUGCUGUGGAGGAGGCGGAGCUGGAGGAGCACACGGCGGUGCAUUUUAAUGCGAGUGAGAAACUUAAAUCCGUCGAGUUCUUUACAUGCUACGAUAAGCUGGAAAUAAGUGUGGAACAGGAACCGGAAGUGGAGCAACUCAAUGAGGACAGCAAACAGCCGGAGCAUAACAAUAACCAGGACAAUGUCAUUAAUGCCAAUGUACAGCAGUCGGAGAACGAGGAGGAGAUUGAGCCGGAGUUGGAGCCGGAGCCGGAGCCUGAACCUGUCAAGAAACCCAGCACAAAGCUCAUACUCUACAAAACGGAUGGCGAGUUGAGUGUGAAGCCAUCGCUCCUCGAGGAGCGCAGCGAGAAUAUCAGCGAUCGUUUGCGACGUCGCAGUUUGCGUGGAAAUGCAGCUGGCACGCCCACGGUGCCGACAGCGCCCACAUCGCCAAUGGAGGAGACGGACAAAAUGAUACUGGUCAAUCCCAAGUCGGGCAAAGUCAUUUACAGAAAGUAAGCAGCGACUUUCGAUUGUAACUAUUUUGUAUGUAGCAUAGAAAUAGAAAUCUACAAUUAGCUAUAAUUAAUUAAUUAUAUAUUAUUAUAAUUAUUAUUAUUAUUAAUUUUAUUUUUUGAUAUUGUUAAUUUGUUUUGUUGUUGCUUUUCAAUUGGGUUAUCUUGUUUAAGCACUAAUUAAUAUUAUUAUUUAAUUGUUACUAACACACACAGACAGUUGGAACAUGUUCCUGCACUUUCAAGCUUAACUUUCAAAUAUCCUUAAGUUUGUUCUUAAGCAGAUGAUAUCCUUGAA